AUGCUCGCGGGACCGGGCAAGGCCGACGCGGGCAGUACGUUCGCGGCCCCCGGCAAGAUCGGCACAGACGUCAUGCCCGAGCCCGACGGCAUGCCCGACACCAACGACAUGCCCGAGCCCCUCGCCAUGCCUGACCCCGCCAUCCCGACGACCCGCUCGCGACCCGACACGCCCGCGACGGACGACACGCGCGCCGAGCCCGACAAACCCGACUCGACCUUCCCGUUCACGGCCCCCAGUAGCCCCAGCAAGGACGACACCCGCGCGGCCUCCGACAUGCCCUGCAACGACGCAAGACCGGCAGCCCCUGACAUGCUCGACACGGUCGACAUGCUCGCGGAUCCCGACAAGCUCGGCGAGGCCAACCCUUCCGCGAUCCCCGACAUGCCUGGCGCGGCCAACCCUUCCGCGGUCCCCGACACGCUUGGCACGGACGGCAUGCUCGCUGACCCCCGACACGCCCGGCACGGUCGGCAUGCUCUGCGCCCUCCUCAAGCUCGGUUCGGUGGGCCCCUGUGCUGUUCCGGAUAG